AUGCUUCUGCUGCGGCGCUUUUCGGCGGCCUGCCGCCGGCGAGGUCUCGCCCAAUUCACCGCCGCAGCCCCCCGCGAGGCCGCGGAUGCGGUCGUGGUGGGGGCCGGCGCGGUCGGUCUCGCUGUGGCGCGCGCGCUGGCCAUGGCCGGGCGCGAGGUGCUGGUUGUCGAGUCAGCAUCUAGUUUCGGCACCGGAACCAGCUCCCGCAACAGCGAGGUCAUCCACGCCGGCAUCUACUACCCUCCCCGCAGCCUUAAGGCUAGUCUUUGUGUAAGAGGAAAGGAAAUGCUCUACAAGUACUGUGCAGAACGAGAAAUCCCCCAUAAACGGCUCGGCAAACUUAUUGUUGCUACUGGUGCUGCAGAGACUGCAAAGCUGGACAUGCUCCUCGAGAGCGCUAAGGGCAAUGGGGUGGAUGAUCUUCAGAUGAUGGAGGGCUCUCAGGCUAUGGAGAUGGAACCUGAACUCCGUUGUCUGAAAGCUUUACUAUCACCUAGUACUGGGAUCGUUGACUCCCAUUCAUUCAUGUUCUCCCUUUUGGCUGAUGCUGAAAACUUAGGAGCAACGAUAUCAUAUAAUACAGCAGUUACCAGUGGGCAUGUUGGAGAUGAAGGGAUCGAGCUUCAUAUUUCUGAAAGCAAAGAGCUGGAGAACCAUUCUGUAGGAUCUCCUGUACCACCACAGAUUGUUUUGCUUCCGAAACUUCUGAUAAACUCAGCAGGUUUGAGUGCAGUUCCACUUGCCAAAAAAUUGCAUGGCCUUGAUCAAGCAUUUGUGCCCCCUGCUUAUUAUGCCCGUGGAUGCUACUUCACCCUCUCGCAAACCAAGAGUCCUUUCAGCCACUUAAUAUACCCUCUACCAGAGGAUGGUGGCAUAGGGGUCCAUGUCACACUAGACUUGAAUGGCCUUGUUAGAUUUGGACCAGAUGUUGAAUGGUUAGAUGGUGGAAUGGACGACAUCUCAUGUUUCCUGAAUAGGUUUGAUUACUCGGUAAACCCCACCCGAUGUUCUGGAUUUUACUCUGUGAUAAGGAAGUAUUUUCCAAAUCUCAAGGAUGGAUCUUUGGAGCCUGGUUAUUCGGGGAUCCGACCAAAGCUUUCUGGCCCUGGACAGCGUCCUUCAGAUUUUGUUAUUCAGGGGGAGGAUGUCCACGGUAUUCCUGGGUUGGUUCACUUGUUUGGAAUAGAAUCCCCUGGUUUGACGUCAAGCUUGGCCAUUGCAGAAUACAUUGUUUCAAGGUAUAACAGCACUUGAUUCUCAAACAAUUGCUGACUCAUGAACCAGGGGAUGCAGCAGGGUGAAUCUAAGGUGUCUGGAGGCUCUCGUGAAUCACAUUGCUUACGAUGAAUUUGUGAACCAGAUAUUGGGGUUUACCCUUCUGUAUUUAGUUGUUUACUUCCUUCUUUCAGGGAGAAAAGGAUGCAGCUUGUAAAG